AUGGUGGACACUGCCACCAAUGUACCUGAGGAGUUUGUUUUUGUUUCUACUGAGGUUGCAUUUCCUGACGAGAUCAAGAUUCAGCUUGAGGAGUAUGUUGGGAGGAUAGAGAUGUUGGAGGAAACCAUGAAUGAGAAAGGGUUGUUUUCUCUAUUGGAGGUUCUCCAACAUAGAAUUGAUAUGUUAAAAGGUCAAAUUAAAGAUGUUCAUAUCUUUCACAUUUCUUUGAAGGAAGCUGGUGAUAUGGUAGUAGAAAAUACAAAGACUUUACUCCACCUAGGCAAUGACAUAGAUAUUCCUGGUUUUAAUGAAGUGUUGGAUGCACUAUACAAGGCUGAGGUGGAUUUUUUUAAGUUUGUUGCUGAUGCACAGGCUGUAACUGAUACUCGGUGGAAUGAGGCGAUAUUUGAGCUGGAAGAACCCAUCGACAUCUGUACAACGAAGCAAGCCAUAAAGAAUCUUCUUCUGCCACGCAACCCCCGGUUUUGCUGUAAGAUGACUGAGAAUAGACAUGGAGUUCUGCAUUGGGUGGAAACUGAAGUAAACGUGGAUGAUCAUGUAAUUGUUCCAGAGUUUCCUCCGGGUCACACAGAAUAUGAUGAGUUUGUGAAAGACUAUAUCAGUAAUAUACACCUAACCCCUCUUCCCAAGUGUAAGCCCUUGUGGGCGUUUCACUUUCUCAAUUACAGUACAAGCAAGGCCAGAGCCACAUUAGUUAUAAACAUGCACCAUUCCUUAGGUGAUGGUACUUCCCUCAUGUCCUUACUACUCUGCUGUGUUACCAGAGCAGACAAUCCCAAUCUCCCUGUCACUUUUCCUUCAUUUAAAUCUCCAUCUCACAAAACUAUUCCAUAUUAUUCAUGGGUUUCUACUGAAUUUAUGUAUUACAUGUUUCAGAGGCUAUUCAUGCCUGUGCUUGUACUGUGGUACACUGUUUCUGAUCUCAUUAGCAGCUUCCUUAGAAUUGUAUUGAUGGAGGAUAGCAAGUUGCACUUUCGCGGGCCUCCUGGUGUUGAGAUGCUGCCGAAAACUGUAAACGAUGUGGUAAUGGGCGUAAUAUUCUGUGGUUUUCAACGAUACCUGGAGACUACUCUUUCUCAAGGUGAGAGAGAAACGUCAGGAGUGAGGAAGGAAAUGGCGAGGUCAAGAGUAACAGGGAUUUUAUUUAUGAACACGAGAGCAUUAUCGGGAUUGAAUGAUAUAAAAUAUAUGCUGAAACUUAACAGUCGAGCACCAUGGGGAAACCGCAUUGGGAUGUUACAAAUCCCUAUGCCCGUAGCUAAUGCAGAGAGUCCAUUAGAUUUCGUACGAAGAGCAAAGCAAAUCAUAGACAGGAAGAAAAUGUCACUUGAGGUCUUCCUUACUAGAAGACUACUCAGCUAUCUAGGCCGACGGGCAUCUGCUAGAGGUAUGUAUAACACUCUGGCAAACACAACAUUAGCAUUAUCGAAUAUGAUCGGCCCGACAGACAAGAUAGCGAUCAAUCAAAUUCCGGUUAAGAGCAUCUCAUUCUCAGUAUCUGGGAUUCCUCAGACGCUUCUUUUGACGGUAGUGAGCUACAUGGGAAGUGUGAGGUUGGAAGUGAUUGGCACCAAAGGUUAUGUAAAUUCUGCUACUCUGGCCAAGUGUUUUACCGAGUGCUUUGAGGAGAUGAAGGAGGCCACAAAGGGAUCUUGA